AUGUUUUUUGAUAAGGAAGGUAUCGAUGUGACCCAAGUAACCAUUGUCAUCAAUUAUGAUCCGCCGUUGUUGUAUGAGAAUCAGUCUGAACCUGACUACGACACCUAUCUUCACCGUAUUGGACGAACUGGUCGAUUCGGAAAGGCAGGCAUAGCAAUCAAUUUUGUGGACAGUCGUGAAGCACUUGUUAUAAUUAAGAAGAUUGAAGCUUUCUUCGGAAAGCCGAUUCCAAGACUCGAUCCGAGUGAUCUGGAGCAACUGGAGGCUGUUGAGAACGACUGA